UAGCACUGACGCUUUAGUCAGGCCACCACCAUCGUGGGAGAGAAAGAGAAAGACAGACCACGCUAUCAGGCUAGCUGGCUAACCUCAGACCCUCAGACCCCUGCGUGACAGAGGACCACAAACCCAGCCCUCUCCAGCGGCCCCUUUCCACCAUCCAAGCUCCGUUAGGUGGGCCCCCUCUCAUCUCCAGCCCUGGUCAGUGGAGAUCAACUGCUCCACGCUGUUCUGGCUUCCCCUGUCAUGGCAUCCAACAGCAUCUUUGACUCCUUCUCCAACUACAGCAGCAGUCUACUCAGAGAGCCGCCCACCACCAGACGGUUCACGCCGCCCUCCACGUCCUUCCCCUGCAGUAAGAUUGGAGACGGUAACGGGGCCAUGGCCACCCCGGGGCCCCUCAGGUCAAGAUCGGACAACAGGAACGUGGUGGACGUCCUGGCGGACCACGCCGGCGAGCUGGUCCGGACCGACAGUCCCAACUUCCUCUGCUCCGUCCUCCCGUCUCACUGGAGGUGCAACAAGACGCUCCCCGUGGCUUUCAAGGUCGUGGCUCUCGGUGAUGUCCCCGACGGGACUCUGGUCACCGUGAUGGCCGGGAACGACGAGAACUACUCGGCCGAGCUGAGGAACGCCUCCGCCGUGAUGAAGAACCAGGUGGCCCGCUUCAACGACCUGCGCUUCGUGGGCAGGAGCGGACGAGGAAAGAGCUUCACUCUGACCAUCACUGUGUUCACCGGACCGCCACAAGUGGCCACCUACCAUCGUGCCAUUAAAGUCACCGUGGAUGGACCCCGGGAACCACGCAGGCACAGAGUGAAGAUAGAAGACCCCCAGAAGAUGCAGUUCUCGGACAGACUGUCUGAGAUCGAGCGCUACCAGCGGAGUAUGCGAAUAGGCCCAGUGAACAAUAAUCCCCGCCCCAUCCACCAAACCCACCUCGGCACCACACAAGCACUGUGGCAGGAGCAAAUGGACGCCCCCGCUCUGAAGACGUGCAAGGUGGAGGAGGACCUGAGACCAUGGCCAGGGACUACAGAUCUCUUCCAACAGAGGACCACCUUUCCGUCUCUGUCGCCGCUGACUGACCCUCGCUUCUCAGACCCCCGCAUGCACUAUCCUGGGGCCUUCCCAUACUCCGCCAACACCUCCAGCACUGGCAUCAGUGGCCUCAGCAUGCCAGCCUCUUCUAGAUACCACACCUACCUGCCACCCCCCUACUCAAACAACCAAUCCCAGAACUUCCAAUCCAACUCCUACCUGUAUUACGGCACAGGCUCUGGAUCCUACCAGUUCUCCAUGGUGGCGCCGGGGAACACCGGGGGCGAGCGCUCCCCCACCCGCUUGCUGUCCUGCUCGGGGGCCACGGGCGCCGGAGGUACCAACAGCCUGAUGAACCCGGGCCUGAACACCCAGAGCGAAGGCGUAGAGGCCGAUGGCAGCCACAGCAACUCCCCCACUGCCAUGAGCGCCUCGGGCCGUUUGGAUGAGUCCGUCUGGAGGCCUUACUGACUGACAGACAGCUAGACUAUCAAGGGGUGCAGGAGAAGUGAGGGAGGAAAAGUAAAGAGGACGAUGAACAAAAAACACUGAAAGUUAAAAAAAACCAAACAAAAAAAAGAGAAAUGCUGCAUGUUUGUCUUUUAUUUCUCCGGCACUCGCUUUAAAGACUUUCUGCGUUCAACUCUCAAGACUUCCAUGUAUUUUGUACAUUUUGAGUGAACUCCUGCACUGUGCUAAAACAUAUACUCUUAAAAGGACUAUAAAAGCCAUAAAAGGUGAGAUUAUGUUCGGCUGAACUGUAAAUAGAUGUGAGGGUAAAACCAGAAAAGCCAUAGUAACCUUUCAGCAUCACUUGUUUGGUGUAAACAGGUUCUCGUUAAAGACAAAAAGACAAUGGCGGUAUGAUCAAUCAGUACAGCCGAUGAACUGAAAAACCACAGCAGACAUUCAUCAAAUGUUCAGACUGAUCCAACUCACUUGGUAGGUGGAGAAGAGCAGUCGGACCGGAUGUUUGCUCCCCGAGUGACUCCAACAUCCUUCCAAGGCAUGGCUGCACUGCUGUAGCAAUCGGUCCUUCUAAGCUUUAAUUUCUGUAAAAAUUUUAAUAUUACAAGAAAUGUUGUUGUCAGUUGUGAAAACAUCUUCAGUUGCAUCCAUGGGUCUGUCAUGUGCUCACAGUACUUAUGCAGAACCUUAUUGCCUAAUUUAUUAUCCAAAUGAACACAUUAGCCUUUGGUGCUACGGUAUGCAGUGGAUGUUUCAACACAAUCGCUGAGAGACAAGCAUUUUAUUUGUGAGGACUCACGUGUUUAAGAAAUGAAUUCUCCUUUGCUGUGUCAUCAUUGUAUCCAGUUACAACAGGACAAUGGCUGAUGUUUUGAGGAAUGUAAAAGACUAACACAGAGGAGUGUUUAUCUUUUUCUGCAGGAAUAUUUAAGUCCUGUUGUGUCUACUCUUUACUGUUUUUUUUAGAUUUCUUACUCAUGCCCUUUUCUGAAAAAAAGUCCUAGUCUGGUAUUUUUUGAACUGGAUGACACGGUUUACUUUUGAUAUUUAUUUGAGCCAAAUUGUGAGGAAAUGUGCGCAUAUACUCGAAAUCCUUAAGCAUUUCUACCUUUCCUUUUAUAUAUAUAUACAUAUAUAUAUAUACAGUAUAUAUGCCAUAUUUUGUUGUUAAGUAUAAAUUUGGAAUUUGUGUAAUAUAUUGCUACUAAAUUAUAAAAACCAAAACCUUUAAUGUAAUAGUUUUGUCUUCCAAUGUAGCUUUGAUGCACUAAAAACUUUUAUUCCUUAUGAACCACGCCCAACAGAUUCUGUUAGUGAGAUGGUGUAUCUAGAACCGUAAUCUUUUAAACAAUUUCCAAAUUGCCUUUCUGCGUAAGUAAGCCAUUUGCUUAAUUUUUGCACUAUGUUUGAACUUUCAUUUCUCUUUUUUGGUUAUGUAUUUACUAAUAUCUGAAACUCUGCCGAACUAAAUAUGAAAUAUUCCUUAACAUAUAUUUCUUGAAUACAAUCAAAGUGUCCUCUUACCAAAUUCUUCAUUAAGUAAUUAAUAAUUUUAUGAUUAGACACACACAAACACACACACAUUCCUGUACCACAGGUGUGUGUGUGCACAUUCCCCCUGUCCGGAGGGCCUUUCCCCUACAGUUAUACAUGUGAUCCCUCUAUCCCUGGAGGAGGAAAAGUGUGAGGAUGAAGGGAUAGAAGGAGGAAGGGAGUCAGAGUGGUAUCUUCUUACCAACACCAAGGGCAGUUAUGCAAAAAACUUUCCCUUGUCCCUUUGUUCUGUAUAAUCAGUGAGUGCUUUGAAGCCUUUAUGGCCCUGAUUCUGUCUUUUCUGGUCUAAUUUACUGAUCAUCAGUGCCAGGGGCUCACGGCUCUGCCAAUAAUUCAUACGCCUGCACAGAUCAUCUGGCUAUGAGAUGUGUAUAGUCAUUUACAGCAGGUAUCAGGUGUCUAAUAUCUACUAGACUAGUCUUCCACAAGAGGGAAGCAGUCAUGAAAGAGUCUGAAAGAUGGGUAUUUAGUUGCAGUGACAUUUAAUUUCAUAGUGAAUAGUGAUCCAAAAAGGCUUGCAUUUGCAGCUCAGGUAAAAAAAAUAAGUUAUGCAAGUGGUUUUGUAGAGACCCUCUGCCUUAUUCCUCGUUUGUUCACAAUCGGUAACAAUGUCUCAUUCCUAUCUCCCUUUGAUUUAGAGGAAAAGCGUGAUUCCCUGCUCUCUCCUCUGGAGCCUUUAUGCGAUAGAUGAUCUUACUUUAUUAUGGGCAAAAAUCAUGCAGCUAGAGAAACCACAUGUGUAUUUAUAUUUGUGUGGUUCCUUAAAAGAAAAACCAAAGAUCUUCACAACUUGCCUGUAAUACUGUCAAGGAUGUCAAUGAUGGAAAAGAUGUGUGGCAAAUCCAUCAUGUCUUGACUGAUUUCUAUCAUUCUUUAUGCAAAACUAGGAAGCCAAAAUGUACAAGUGAGUUGUAUUUUAUUGUAUAUUGGAUUAAAGAGCACAAUAUUACUUUUUCCUUUUGUUUUCUUUUUACAUGUUGCCCCUUUUCCUUUUCAUAUAACAAAAUGUUAAUUCAUCUUGCUCCUUUCAUUUCUCUUUAUGCUCAAAGCAUGUACAUCUGAAACUGAUAUGUUAAUUUAAGAAUCUCAUCUAUGUAUGUAAUGAUAUCGUUAAUGCUUCCUUAUUGAGUGCUUGUAAAGUUUGCGGAUAAUGUAGUUUUUAAUCAUUUUAAUUAAAAAACAUGUGUCUCA